AACUCUGAAAAUCAACGUUAAUCUCUGUGGAACAUGCUCUCAACUCUCUCUAUAUAUAUGUACCUCGAUCUCUCGAACUUGUACUUCAUUCACAGCUACACACAUUAUAUAUUGUGACUCAAGAGGUAGACACAAACCCCUGCUAGCUUCUCCCUCUGAUAUUCAUUCAACCUUGUGACUAAACAAACAUGGAAUUGAUGAGCAUGAACCAACCCCAAUUGCUGUCUAAGAUUGCCACAGGCGAUGGACAUGGUGAAAACUCCCCAUACUUUGAUGGCUGGAAGGCUUAUGAAGAUAAUCCCUUUCAUCCCACAAAGAAUCCUAAUGGGGUCAUUCAGAUGGGUCUUGCAGAAAAUCAGCUUGCUUCUGACUUGGUUCAACAUUGGAUAAAGAGUCAUCCUAAGGCAUCCAUUUGCACUCCUGAAGGAGUACGUCAUUUCAAGGCCAUUGCUAACUUUCAGGAUUAUCAUGGAUUGCCUGAGUUCAGAGAAGCUGUAGCUAAAUUCAUGGCAAGAACCAGAGGAAAUAGAGUCACUUUCGAUCCUGACCGGGUUGUUAUGAGUGGCGGAGCAACUGGAGCACAUGAGGUCACUGCCUUUUGUUUGGCAGAUCCCGGAGAUGCAUUUUUGGUGCCAACUCCUUACUAUGCAGGUUUUGACAGAGAUUUGAGGUGGAGAACAGGAAUUCAACUUGUUCCAGUUAUCUGUGAAAGCUCUAACAAUUUCAAGCUCACAAAGCAAGCCUUGGAAGCUGCAUUUGAGAAUGCCACAGAGGAAAACAUCAGAAUAAAGGGCUUGCUCAUUACCAACCCAUCAAACCCACUGGGAACAAUCCUGGACAGAGAGACACUAAGAACACUAGUGAGUUUCAUCAAUGAAAAGCAAAUCCACCUAGUUUGUGAUGAAAUAUAUGCUGCCACAGUUUUCAGUAACCCUGGUUUCACAAGCAUUGCUGAGAUAAUAGAACAAGAACAGGACAUAGAAUGUGACCUUGACCUCAUCCACAUUGUUUAUAGUCUUUCAAAGGACAUGGGGUUCCCUGGCUUCAGAGUUGGAAUCAUAUACUCAUACAAUGAUGCUGUUGUCAACUGUGCUCGCAAAAUGUCUAGCUUCGGAUUAGUUUCCACACAGACCCAAUUUUUGUUGGCAUCAAUGCUUUCAGAUGAUGUGUUUGUGGAUCAGUUUCUGAGAGAGAGUGCAAAGAGAUUGGGUGAAAGGUUUGCAAUUUUUUGUAGGGGGCUGGGCCAAGUUAGCAUAAAGUGCUUGCAGAGCAAUGCUGGUCUGUUUUUAUGGAUGGAUUUGCGUAAUCUUCUGGAGAAGCCAACAUUUGAAGCUGAAAUGGAACUGUGGAGAGUGAUCAUUCAUCAAGUGAAGAUCAAUAUUUCCCCUGGCUCCUCUUUUCAUUGCUCUGAGCCAGGGUGGUUCAGGGUGUGCUAUGCUAACAUGGAUGAUAGAGCUGUGGAGGUUUCUCUGACCAGAAUGCGUGCGUUUGUGAGUCAAAAUUACAAGGAGGCUGAGAAGAAACCUUGUAGCCACAGAAAGUUGAGGCUAAGCUUCUCAGCCAGAGGGUUUGAGGAUUUCUUGAUGUCACCUCGUUCUCCUAUUCCUCAAUCACCUCUUGUUAAAGCCAGCACUUGUUAAAGCCACCACUUGAUCAAUUGACAUCAAUUUUCUCAGCAUUCAAGUACAUGCUGCUUAAUUAUUGCUUGAUAGAUACUCCUUAAUAACUCUUUUUUUUUUCACUUGCAAUGUGUUGAAUUGGAUUCAUGAUGAAAGAAGUUUAUAGAGUUUGUAGGAUUUUUUCUAUUUUCAUUUACAAUUGUUAAUAAGGCUUUUUGUGUG